GCUUCCCAAAACAGCACACAAGGGGGGCGCUUAAUGAUGAUGUCACUACGCCCGCUUGAAGACGACAACAAACAUGGAGGAGUAUGCCCGUGAACCUUGCCCCUGGAGGAUAGUGGAUGACUGUGGAGGUGCUUUCACAAUGGGUGCAAUUGGAGGAGGAGUGUUCCAGGCAGUCAAGGGCUUUCGAAAUGCCCCUGCUGGUGUCGGACACAGACUGAAAGGGAGUGCAAAAGCAGUGAGAGUUAGAGCUCCACAGAUUGGAGGUAGCUUUGCUGUAUGGGGAGGGCUCUUUUCCACAAUCGACUGUGGUUUGGUUCGCCUGAGAGGGAAAGAGGAUCCUUGGAACUCCAUAACCAGUGGUGCUCUGACUGGGGCCAUCCUGGCAGCACGCAGUGGACCGUUAACAAUGGUGGGCUCUGCAAUGAUGGGGGGAAUUUUGCUUGCUCUCAUUGAGGGUUUUGGUAUUCUCCUAACAAGAUACACAGCACAGCAGUUUCAGAACCCAAUUCCCUUUGCAGACGACCCUAGUCAGUUACCACUGAAGGAUGGAGAUCAUCAACAUCAGGGGUCAAAGGGGCAGUUUCAGUAGAGAAAGUUAAGGACUGAAGCCAGCUGUGGACAAUCCAAUGCUUAAUGGGAGCACCACAACAGUAGCACCAUCUACCAAGAUGAUCAAGAGUUGGAGAUGCUGGUCCCUACAGGCGUGUCAAGUAGAUGCCAAUAUAUACCUCAGGGACAAAUUAGUAUUUCAGUUAUUUAUGAGUGAAUGUUUGUUUAUCAUUCCUAAUGUUUGUACCAUCAUUCAGUAUUUUUAGUAUUUCUAGUCAUUUUGUUAAAUGUGUAGUUCUAAAAACUGUAUUAACUUGGUUAUUGAACACAACUUGUGUCUAUUAAAGGAAUCCUUUUUUGCUUAUUUAUGUUCUUGCUGAGAGUUAAGGACAUCAACACUACUCAAGAAACCAAAUAUGUUUUCUUCCAAAAAAAGCACUGCUUUAUGCUUCCAAAGAGUUUAUACCUUAGCAUGCAGAGUUAAUAAAUAGUGAAGCGGGUAUUUUAAUGACUGAAAGUCAGAAAUGCAAAAUAAGAAAACUGUAUAUUUUUAAAGUCGUGCAUUAGAAAGAGGCUUUCUGUGUAUUUACAUGAGAUGUCACAGUCGGUGCAAAGGACUGAUGAAUUACACGUUUGUUUAAACUCAGCAAAUCCAUGCUUUGCAGUUUCUCUUGAUAAAUUAUCUCAGUUUUUUGCAAUCUUUGUUGAGUAUCAGUUGUCAAGUCUGUUAUGUGUGCACCAUUUGUCACUUUAAUUGCUGCUGUAAACAACAAAGCACUUUUUUAAAAUUAAGUCUCUUCUCUCCUGAAAUUAGCACCAGUGAUCAUAUGAUCAGUUGCAAACUGUCAGAAAAUCUUGAUACAUUUACUGUGAACAAGGUUCAUAAAUAUA